GUGAGCAAGAGAGGGAGAGAGGAACGAACCAGGGAAGCGAGAGACUUACACACACCACAAGCAUUGGAAAUUGAAGGAGUUGGUGUGCAGCUCGCAAGAAGGCAGAGUCUGUGUGGACGGGCCCAGGGGCUGCACAGCUCCAGUGCUCUCUCUGCUUCUAACGUGUGCUGAGCCCUGCUCUGCUCUGCUGUGCGCUCCACUACGCUCUACGCUGCUAGCCUGUGUGACUGGCUGUCUGCGCUCAGCUGAGAAAGAGAGAGAGAAAGGGAGAGCAACUACUACUGCUACAGAUGUGAGGCUUUCCCCAGUGCUGGCUAUACUAUACCGCUCCUGAGGACAGUGCAUGGCGACUCCUGUACCCCUGCCCUUUAGCAUUCAGCCUCCGUGCAGCGGUGUACGUCUCAUUUCCGUUGCUGCAUGUAGCUCUAAACGGCCAAGGAUAUGAGAAGAAAGAGAUAUGUUAUGUGAACCAUGUGUGACUCCCGACGCAGAUGGAAUGAAGGGCAAAAAAUAGGGGAGCUCAAAGGAUGCUGCGCCCCUCCAACCUUUCCAUCACUCCAUCUCUCCAUCACUCCAUCUCUUCAUCACUCCAUCACUCCAUCUCUCCAUCAUUCCAUCCCUCCAUCUCUCCAUCACUCCAUCUCUUCAUCACUCCAUCACUCCAUCUCUCCAUCACUCCAUUCCUCCAUCUCUCCAUCACUCCAUCUCUCCAUCACUCCAUCUCUCCAUCACUCCAUCUCUCCAUCACUCCAUUCCUCCAUCUCUCCAUCACUCCAUCUCUUCAUCACUCCAUCACUCCAUCUCUCCAUCACUCCAUUCCUCCAUCUCUCCAUCACUCCAUUCCUCCAUCUCUCCAUCACUCCAUCUCUUCAUCACUCCAUCACUCCAUUCCUCCAUCUCUCCAUCACUCCAUCUCUCCAUCACUCCAUUCCUCCAUCUCUCCAUCACUCCAUCUCUCCAUCACUCCAUCUCUCCAUCUCUCCUUACCUUCAGCUAUACAUCUCUCUAUUCCUCCAUCUCUCCAUCACUCCAUUCCUCCAUCUCUCCAUCUCUCCAACACUCCAUUCCUCCAUCUCUCCAUCACUCCUUACCUUCAGCUAUACAUCUCUCCAUUCCUCCAUCUCUCCAUCACUCCAUUCCUCCAUCUCUCCAUCUCUCCAUCACUCCAUUCCUCCAUCUCUCCAUCACUCCUUACCUUCAGCUAUACAUCUCUCCAUUCCUCCAUCUCUCCAUCACUCCUUACCUUCAGCUAUACAUCACUCCAUUCCUCCAUCUCUCCAUCACUCCUUACCUUCAGCUAUACAUCUCUCCAUCACUCCAUCUCUCCAUCACUCCAUUCCUCCAUCUCUCCAUCACUCCAUCUCUCCAUCACUCCAUCUCUCCAUCUCUCCUUACCUUCAGCUAUACAUCUCUCUAUUCCUCCAUCUCUCCAUCACUCCAUUCCUCCAUCUCUCCAUCUCUCCAACACUCCAUCACUCCAUCUCUCCAUCUCUCCUUACCUUCAGCUAUACAUCUCUCCAUUACUCCAUCUCUCCAUUCCUCCAUCUCUCCAUCUCUCCAUCACUCCAUUCCUCCAUCUCUCCAUCACUCCUUACCUUCAGCUAUACAUCUCUCCAUUCCUCCAUCUCUCCAUCACUCCUUACCUUCAGCUAUACAUCACUCCAUUCCUCCAUCUCUCCAUCACUCCUUACCUUCAGCUAUACAUCUCUCCAUUCCUCCAUCUCUCCAUCACUCCAUUCCUCCAUCUCUCCAUCACUCCUUACCUUCAGCUAUACAUCUCUCCAUUCCUCCAUCUCUCCAUCACUCCUUACCUUCAGCUAUACAUCACUCCAUUCCUCCAUCUCUCCAUCACUCCUUACCUUCAGCUAUACAUCUCUCCAUUCCUCCAUCUCUCCAUCACUCCUUACCUUCAGCUAUACAUCUCUCCAUUCCUCCAUCUCUCCAUCACUCCUUACCUUCAGCUAUACAUCUCUCCAUUCCUCCAUCUCUCCAUCACUCCUUACCUUCAGCUAUACAUCUCUCCAUUCCUCCAUCUCUCCAUCACUCCUUACCUUCAGCUAUACAUCUCUCCAUUCCUCCAUCUCUCCAUCACUCCUUACCUUCAGCUAUACAUCACUCCAUUCCUCCAUCUCUCCAUCACUCCUUACCUUCAGCUAUACAUCUCUCCAUUCCUCCAUCUCUCCAUCACACUGAAAUGCCUGUUACCUAGAUGCUAACUGGCGAUCUAUAAUUAAUAAUAAUUUGAUAGGUGCUUAUACGCAUGUGUGAAAUGGAAAUGUGUUGUUUUUGCAUAUCCCAACUCCCCCUGAGAUACCUUUGGAGAACUGUUCUGAUCAUUGAGUCCUACUGCUUAAAUACAGAUAACUGUCAAAAUAAACUAAAUGAGGGAUACAAAGUAUAUCGAAAGGGUGUGUGUGUGUGUGUGAGAUUCUUAUGGGAGAUUCUGGAGCGUGCCUGAGACAGUGUUUUCGACCACCAUCAACAAACACCAAAUGAUGGAAUUUCUCAUGGAAGUUC